GUCUCUAUAGACACGUAACUUACAGAGAAUCACGUAUCUAUUUAUUAGUAAUGUAUGGAUUAAACAUUGAGUGUAGAGAUUAUUAUUAAACUCGAUAUUAUUAUUAUUUUAUAUUUUAUAUCGAAAUAAAAAAAAAUAUGGCAUGUACUCUCUUAAAAUAUUUAUAUCAAGAGAAAACUAGUGCUUUUACGAACAUUACAUUUUCUUUAAUAACGCUUCUAAUAGAAUUAAUACAUGAUAUAAAACUAUCUUCAAAUACAGAAAAUCCAUAAGAGUAUAUGUAGAUAUAUGUAAUGAAGAAAAUAAGAAAAUUAACAAAGCGGCCAGAAAGAAAUUUUAUAAUAAUUUAUACUUAAUAUUUAUACACAAUGUAAAUAACAUCAAACAAAACUGAGGGGGCGCUAUCUUUUUUACUUCCAUGCCUGUAGAUUUUCCGCCAUUAUGGUACAUCGUAUAUAUUGUGAUAUGCAUCGAUGAUUACGAAGGAUAAAAAAUACGUUCAUAGGAAAAUGUGAAGGCAGUGCGGACGCAUUGCGUUCUGUGUCUUUUAUACCAUUUACGUUUUGUUAAGUUUAACAAGUAAAUUAUUUGUUAACAUCAAAAUGACUUGUACGACUUAACAUCGAAGUGCUGGAUGGAGUUAAAUAGUGUAAUAAGAAUGUAUGUGUCUUAGAUUAAUAAGCUGAAGAACUAAAAACCCUUUGUACAAUUCAUUUUUCAUUGUUGAAAAUGUCAACAGAAUAUAGUAGAAGUGUUUUAAAAAUGGUCAUCGCACAAAUUUGUCAAACAAUUGGAUGGCAUUCAAUUAAUUCAACACCAUUAGAAUUUAUGGUCGAUCUCAUGCAAGAAUAUAUUUUGAGAAUUGCAAAACUAACACAUCAAUAUGCAGAAAUUUUGGGAAGGACGGAAACAAAUCUUGAUGACUUAGGGUUAGCUUUCCAACACAUGAAUAUCGAUAUACAGGAAUUGUCUGAAUACAUUAAAAAUGUAGAUCCUGUUCCAUAUCCUAUAGCAGUACCUAAAUUUCCAGUUCGUAGAGAAAAUCAUUUAAAUUUUCUCAAACCUGGAAGUCGAGAAGUUGUAACAAGACCAGUGCACAUUCAUGAGCAUUUACCAGCUAUGUAUCCUAAUACCGAAGAAGAUUAUGUCACAGAGAAAACUGAGACUUUAAUGAAUGGAUCAUCUGAUUUAUCAUCGAGUAAUGGAACAUCGGGCAAUAAUUCUUUGAACGUGUCUCCUCAUAGAAUGUCUCCACAAGUAGUUUUUAAACGGCCUGGAGAUCCUGUAUCAUUUGAAAGUCCAAUAGUAAAACGUGUAAAAGUAUUAGAAGAAGGUAGACCAUUGCGUGAAAUCCACAGUGUAAUGAUGACUACUUCAGGUUUUUUAUCACCUGCUCGAGAAGGAAAACUACCCGAAGCAAGAACACCGCAUCAAACUCGUCCUGAUUCACCACAAACUAGUUCUUAUCCAAUGGUACCACCAGAAUUAAAGUAUGACAAGAAACCGAAAAAGAUGAUAAAGAAAGGAUUAGAAGAUGGUAAACUUGACAAAGAAAACAAGAAAAAGAACCGUGCUAAAGAAUUAUUUAAACCGAACAAGGUAGAUGAUAAUAAAAUUAAAAAACUAGCUGGUAUGAAAGAAUUAGCCAAAUUAAAACCUCUAAAGCCAGGAGGUGGAAAAUCACAAGGUACUGCACAAGGUUCAUCAAGUAGACCGUCGACUCCUAAAUUAAUGUCGCCUAAGGCAGCUGGUAGUCCAAAAUUAACAAAGAAAACAGAACCUAAGACUAAAACAGAAAAAGUAGUUGACCUCACAGGUGGAUCUCCAUCAAUAGAAAGGAAAGAAGAUAAUAUUGAUAAACUUCCAUCAGAACCUGAUAAACAGAAACUGAACAUUUUCAAAAAGAUCUCAAAACCGCGGGAGGAUAAAGACAAAGAUACAACAGAGCAACAUAAACAUAAGGAACUUGAUUCUAGAGAGAGUUCGCCUGGUUUAAUAAUUGAUGAAAAUAAUGAUAAGCAAGCGCUUCGAAAUGAUAGUGAUGUAAAGCACGAAGAGAAAAAGGCUCCACAUACACCAGACGUACAUCUUCAACACGACGGAGGAGAAUUAAUUGAUUUACAAAGCCCAGGAUCUGAUGUUUACAUGUUUGACGAUAUGUCACCACCAGGAACUCCUAGUACUCCAAGAACACCGGAACUAAACAUGCCCACAACUCCUACAGAUCACAAAAAGAAGAGGAAAGAAAAAAUAAAUAAAAAGAAGGAGUUAAAAUCAAGAAGUCCAAAACAUUGUGCCAGUCCCAAAAAGACUAAGCUUUCUAAUGAUUCAUUAGAAUUGGAUAUACUAGAUCGACCAAAAACUCCACAGGCACCAGAAACUCCACUUUCUAAAGAACCAAGUUUUCCACCUACACUUCCAUUCCCUUUCUUUUCAGCGUUUCCCCCAGCACCUGGUUUAAUACCACAUCCUAUGUUUCCUAGAUUUCCAUUGCCCCUAGGAAGAGGUGGUCCUGGCCCUCAUCCAGCAAUGCCAAAUUUACCUUUACCACCUCGUUUCUUAAAUUUACCUGUAAAAUCCGAAGACUUUUCUAAUGUAUCCAAAAAUAAAACUGUUGAUCGUGAAAAACCUGUAAUACCUUCCUCGAGUGAAAUAACAGCUCCAAUAACGAAACAUGAAAAAUUGGAGAAAGAAAAGGAAGAAAAACCGAAAAUAGUUAAGCAGGAUAAAGAAAUAGUUACAACAGUUCCUACAAAUGCUAUUACAAUGCCUCUAUCAUCUGCACCUCCAGCACCAGUUACAUAUCCUACACCGGUUCCCAUUGUACCAUCAUUGCCUUCGAAAGGUACAAAAGUUGAAAAACUAGAAAAGAAUGAAAAGAAAUCAAAGGAACAUAAGAAAGAAAAGAAGGAUAAACUGAAAAAGAAGAAAGACAAGAAAGAGAAGCAUAAAGAAAAAACAGAGAAAGUGAAAGAAAAGAAAGAAAAAAUUGAUAAGAAAGAAAAAGUCGAUAAAGUUAAAGAGAAAAAAGAAAAGAAGGACAAACGAAAGGAAAAGGAGAAGGAAGAUAAAAAUUCUGAAGCUGUGCCAAAAAUAACAUUGAAAUUAGGAACAGCUUCUCCAAGACCACCAACACCUGAUAGUACUCCAAUGAAAAAAAUGGAAAUGUGUUAUAGAACAAUAAAGACAUUACUGAAGAAGCCCGAGGAGGAGACGAAACGAGAACCAAGUCCAGAAUUGGCGAAAAUAUCAGCAUUGGUAACGCGACCGCCAAAGCAAAAGUCGGCAAGUAAGAAAACAGAGGAGGGAACAUUAGAUGGAAGCCCUGCUCUUCCUACAGAUACUUUCUCUGCCAGUCUUACUAGUGUGCCACUCGCAACAGUUCCUCGAGCAAAGAAAACUCUCUUCAAAACCUUACCUCAGAGAGAACCUCCUCCAUCUCACUUUGAUCCUUCUCCUAAGAUCCCGCCUCCCCUGCCGCAACAACAACCACCGUAUUAUUUUGAUCAAGGUGGUCGUCAAGUGUGGAUAUGUCCUGCUUGUGGCAACCAGGAUGAUGGAUCUCCUAUGGUUGGUUGUGAUGAUUGCGACGCGUGGUAUCAUUGGGUGUGUGUUGGUAUGCAAGUACCACCAGCUGACAACGAGGACUGGUAUUGCCGCUUUUGUAUAGCUAAAAAACAAGAACUACAUCAUGAUAAAAAGAAGAAGAAAAGGAAGAAAAAGGUUAAAGUUGCAGCCUAGUACAAGCUACCCGGGUCUUGUGUAAGACCCGGUUCAGCAAUUCAAACCUCUACCAAAGUUAAAAAAAACAACAAGCUCAGAGUGGGGACUAUAAAAAAUAAAAAAUUAUCAAAAACUGAAAUGAAGUUACAAAUGAAGUCAUUAAAAGAAAAAACUAUACCUAUCAAGGGAAAGGCAGGAAAGACUCUCAUGAAAGUUAAGACUGUGAAAAAGAAAAGUAAGAAGAUGAAAGAUAGUGCAAUUCAAUUGACUUAAGCAGUGUUACCGUUUGUGAUUGUUAUCACAGAUUCAAAAAAACUUAAUUUAACACGUUGAUCGCUAAAUAAUUCAGAAAUACUAAAUUAUGUUUCCAAUUUUUUCUAAGUUAAUGUUUCAGCGUUAUUGUUUCCGCAAAAAUAAUAACUGCGAUGAAGCGGUUGGCUAUUUGACAUUUAAUUUUAACCAUUUCAAAAAUUAAAAAAUUGAAAUGUCAACUAAAGCUUCAACUUGUUUAAAAGAAAACAUAUUCUGUAACAGAAGAAGAUGGAAAGCCAUUACUUGUAAAUACUUAGACUUUAAAUACUAUGCAUUUGUAAGAAAUACCAUUUUCUAAAACUCAAUCUAUUAAAAAGAGUAAAUAGGAACUCUGAUAAAACUCUUAAUAGAGAAACAAAAUCACCACCUGAUCUCGAUGUCUGAAAAUUAAUUUAGAAGUAUCUAUAUCUGCACAAAUAGCUUCAGUUCAUUUACAAAUUAUGAUCAUUGAAUUGUAAUUCAUGUUAGUCAUUAAUAUUUUUUUAUCGUUAAAAAAAUAUUCAAAUUAUUAUAUGUAAAUAAUCUUAUUUCAUAGCUUUUUUAUUAAAGAAAUAAUUGUUACAAAAAUUGUUUAAAAAUUUAAUAACAGAAUACAAACGCUAAUGUAUAAAUGUAAAACAUAGUUUAUUACUUGAGUGAAAUUCAUAUGUAAUUGUGAUAAAUAUACUUACUAAUUGCAAUUCAUUUAUUUAUUUAUACUGAAUUAUUUCAGUAUAUUAUUCAGAUAAUAUUAUUUAAUGAAUUUCUAAAAGAAUUAUAUAAUGAAUAAAUAUGAUUUUAUAUUCCUUUUAAAGAAAAUAAUAAACUAUUAGGACAACAAUUGUAUAUCAUAAUUGUAUAUCUAAUUUAAUAGAUAUGUUAUAUAUAUAUAUAUAUUUAAGUUAAUGAUUUUUCAAGAAGAUUUAUUAUCCAUUAAUACGUUUUACCUCUAAAAACCUGCUUUUACAGUCAUGGUAAUGUACACCAACAUUAUUUUCCAUAUGUAAACUAUCAUUAGCGUGUAAUUAUAAUUAUUAUUAUUAUCAUUAUUAUUAUUAAUUAAAUAGCAGCUUAAUAUUUGUAUUAAUUAAAUGUGAAAAUUUUGUUCUUAGCAUAAGUAUGUAAUCUGCAGUGCAGACAUGCCACUUGCAUAAUUGAUUUAUGUUCCAGAAUAUAAUAGAAAUUCUAAAGCCAUUAAUUAAAAACGGUGUCUGUUAGAGAAAUACUGACAGCAAAUAUGUCUGUAUAAAAGUGGACAAUGGGCACAGUUUCAUGAAUUGUAUACAAACAGUUCCGUUGUUUUAUAUCCGCUAUCGUACCCUAACGCCUAUCUAUUACUAUGAUCUAACAAUGUAAAAUUUAUUUAUGUGCAGGUGUCGACCAGUUGAACUUUUAACAAAUGUUGCUUACAACAGUCAUUGGUAACAAUACUCUGUAUAUGUUUGACCAUAAAAUAACCUUGGGUACCGUUAGCAUCCAACAUUUGUUCUAUAUAUAUAUCUAUUUAAUUUUGAUUCGAUGUAAUUAAAAGCAGAGAUUAGUUUUUGAACAAAUUUGUUUAUAUUUGGAAAUGAAAAUUUUCUUCCUACUUUUUCGUUUAUUUUGUACUAACUUUUUCUUAGAAUAUAUUGCUUAUAUUUAAUUAAAGUACAUUAUGUCAAUAAAACUCAUAACUUUUUGAUUAUAAAUCAUUUUAAAAAUUGACUUGUGUACAUAGUUCCACCUCAAACAUGAAGUAGUAAAUCUUUUGUAAAUGUUAAGAGCAUUAUUUAUUUCGUUUUACAAAUUAAAAAUAAAUGAACAGAACGCUAUUGCAAAAUUAUUUAAAUAGAAAUAAUACUAGAAACUCAUAUAAAGAUAGUAUGUGAAUUGUACAUAGCAGUCAACGUGUUAAAAAUGAUAAUGUAAAUUUAAAAUAUAUGUAGAAAAAGAAAUCUAUUUCUCUUGUAUUAAAGCAGAUGCUUCUGCGUAAUCGUAUAAAGUGUACAUUUUUUCACCUGUAUUUAAUGUAUUCGAAAUUAUUCCAUAAUUAAUGACCAUUACGAAUGUGGUUGUAAAAAUAUGACUGAUUAUUUUGCACGUGUAAUAAUAAUCCUUACAUUUCUGAUUAUUUUUCUACGAAACCUCUUAAAUUUGCAAAUAAAAGUAUUUAUUUCCAAAUGUUUAUGCAACUUUUAGCGCAUAUUAUACAGUGUGAAAUAUAUUUUCCCGUAAACAAAGGGUAUGUCACUUACCACAUUGAAACCCAUCUGGAUAGAUUUACCCAUGUCAAAAUUGACAAUACACAUUCAAAUCGGUAAAUCUAUCUGAUUAAUUGACAAUAAACACCAUAAAUAAAAACAACAUAUAACAUGACUUAACAAUCAUUUGUAAUAUAAUUAAAUUAUUUAUAACGUGAUUUAUUUUAGAUUACAAUUGAAUUACUAUUUGUGAUAACAUUGUAGGAAUAUGAAUAUAAUAAUAUACUCAAACAUAAUUUUACUUGAUGUAAUAAAAUAUCAGGAAUCUACUCCUGGCAGAAUAUCAUUUGGGUCUCAAUGUGAUAAGACUGGAAACUUAAAUGAGAGGUACAGUAAAAUUUAAGAGUUGUAAUUAUUUAUUGAUUUCAGUAUACACAAUUAAAUCGAAAUUCUUUGUGCUUUUAUAUAAAUUUCGUUCGUAUAGAUUAUAAGUACUCUAAUGUAUUCAAAAUUGUAAGCUUGUAAACAAUGAACUCCUCUAAAAAAAGUAAAAUUGU